AUGGGAACAUUUACAUUACAUUCCAAAACUGGGAAGCCUAUGCCGUCCGUCUCCAAUGGAGGAAUUCCAGGGAAAAAGUGUGGCACCAUCAUCCUAUCAGCUGAAGAACUGGGCAACUGUAGGGAUGUAGCCACCAUGCAGUUCUGUGCCAACAAGCUGGACAAGAAAGACUUCUUUGGGAAAUCAGACCCUUUCAUGGUAUUCUACAGAAGUAAUGAGGAUGGAACGUUUACUAUCUGUCAUAAAACGGAGGUGGUGAAGAACACUCUGAAUCCGGUAUGGCAGUCAUUCGCUAUCCCUGUGCGAGCCUUGUGCAAUGGAGACUAUGACAGAACUAUAAAAGUGGAGGUGUAUGAUUGGGAUCGAGAUGGCAGCCAUGAUUUCAUUGGAGAGUUUACAACCAGCUAUAGAGAACUGGCACGAGGACAAAGCCAGUUUAAUGUCUAUGAGGUGGUAAAUCCCAAAAAGAAAAUGAAGAAAAAGAAAUAUGCUAAUUCAGGAACAGUAACAUUGCUCUCAUUUGCCACAGAAUCAGAACAUACAUUUCUAGAUUACAUCAAAGGAGGGACACAGAUCAAUUUUACAGUAGCCAUUGACUUCACAGCUUCCAAUGGCAAUCCUUCUCAGUCUACCUCCCUUCAUUAUAUGAAUCCAUACCAGCUCAAUGCAUACGCUAUGGCACUGAAGGCUGUUGGGGAGAUCAUCCAGGACUAUGACAGUGAUAAAAUGUUCCCAGCGCUUGGGUUUGGAGCCAAGAUUCCCCCCGAUGGGCGUGUGUCUCAUGAGUUCCCCUUGAAUGGCAACUCUGACAAUCCUCACUGUAGUGGAAUAGAAGGAAUCCUUGAAGCGUAUCACCAGAGCCUCAAGACUGUGCAGCUCUAUGGCCCCACUAAUUUUGCACCAGUGGUUAACCAUGUAGCUAGAUAUGCCUCAGCUGUGCAGGAUGGCUCCCAGUAUUUCGUUUUGCUCAUCAUCACAGAUGGUGUGAUAUCAGACAUGGCUCAGACAAAAGAAGCAAUUGUCAAUGCUGCCAAACUUCCGAUGUCUAUAAUAAUUGUGGGUGUUGGACAGGCUGAAUUUGAUGCAAUGGUGGAACUGGAUGGAGAUGACAUUCGGAUCACCUCUCGUGGAAGGACUGCUGAACGUGACAUUGUCCAGUUUGUACCAUUCCGAGAUUACAUUGACCGCACAGGAAACCACGUCUUGAGUAUGGCACGACUGGCUAAGGAUGUGCUGGCUGAGAUUCCAGAUCAAUUCAUCUCCUACAUGAAGGGACGUGGCAUCAAACCUAACCCAGCUCCACCUCCUUACUCCCCCACAAGCCACACCCUUCAGACUGAAAUCUGAAGAUCGGGCGAAGAAAAGAGCAUUUUGAGAGGGAUGUGUCCAAACACCCAGUCACUCUUUGGGAUCUGUCUAUCUGUUUUCUGGGGCCAGAGACCAAGGCAGUAUCACACCAGUGAGAAAAUCCACAAUGUGUUCUCUUUCCAAAAAAGUUCAUAUUGAGAACUGUUUAUGCUGAAAUGCUGGCACAGCAAUGUGUUUCACUGGUAGGACAUUUCCACUUGGGAAACAGCAAAAAUGGGGGGCUUGUUUUUUAUUUUUUAAAAAGGACACUCAUUGGUAAGCUUCCUCAUUUCCUUUCAGGGAGGUAACCAAGAUGGAGUCUAGUAUGUCAUCAGGAAGUUUACAUGAUUCAUUUUGCUUAUGGUAUGUGUGAUGGAUUCCCAUAAAUCUUCCAAGCAUCCCUUCCCCCUCCUCCUUCCAGCAUCAAGAAGUUUUGAAUUAUUGGGAAUUUUUUAUAGCCUGUGUAUAAUCUGCCUGCCACAUUAGGCCUUCUGUCUUUCCUUUGUAACAGCUCAACUUCUGGAUUGACCUGGCAGGCUACAUAUUGUGAUCAAGUAUCUGUUUGAUGUCAUGUUGGUGCUGCUACUGGUCCUUGUACUGAACCCUGUCCCUAGCUUGCCUAACUCCCUUUAUCGUUUGUAAAUCUGCUUUGGCAAUAUUCGUGCAGGCCUGGAUUGUUUUGUUUAUUAGUGUGUCUUAAUGCCCCCAUUAAGUCCCUUUUUAAUUGUUUGUAAAAUUCUGGUUUUCAGCAUCUCCCUGGAAACCAAUUUCUAUCUUGACUUUGAUAUUUGACAUUUCUGUGUGGGGCAUUAAUGACGUAUUUGGAUUAUGAGAGAAGAAAAUUAAAACUGAGCCUGAUUUGUUUAAAUACCUUAUUGCAGUUUUGCCUGUCAGCAAUAUAACAUUAAUAACAGUCUACUCCAGUAUUUCUCAACC